CUACAGGGAUUUGAACGUGGGCAAUGUCUUAAUGCAAGAAGAGCAUGGGGAUGGAAAACCUGGUCUUGUCCUUGUCGAUCAUGGCAAUAUGCGCCUGAGUCGACGUCUCUCCAGACCUUCGCCGGCUCAAAGUCUCGGCAUGAUGAUGGUGCCGAGCACAGCGGAUCGCUUUCUUGGAAACGAUUGGCCGAAAGCGAUGUGCGUUGUGCCAAUCCGCGUUUCUUGCCUUGCUCAGCCCAGUUGUGCAGAGAAGCACAGGAACUGCUACGAAUGAAUGAAGAUCUGGCAUCGGCAUCGGCAUCGGCAGGGAAAAGUGCCGCCCACGAAACGGAUUGGAGAUCCAUCUUGGAAGAGUUUGAAGAUGAAGUGUACAAGUACCUUCAUCGAUACAUCGACGAUCUGGAAUCGAUGAUGCAUCAUUGCAUCUUCACACUACCACGACCUGCGAGAAGCCGAGACCCACAACACCGUUCUGUCAUAGAAGAGACUCUCAUUGACCAGUCGAAGAAACAAAAGGCUUGGAGCAAGAAUCACAACUGGCGUACGCUACUCUUGCGAGGCUGUCAGAUCGACGACCCGGAGCUCAAAGCAACUCUGAUUGAGGUGCAAAAGCUCAUCCUGAAUGCUCAAAAUGACCUGAGAGAAAAGCAGCUACAUUUACCGCAUGGACGUGGGCAUGGGCAGCGAGCAAGAGCAAACGUGAAGGAUGCUCAAGACGAGCAAGAUAUGCUGCUUCCGGUGGAACGAGAAUGCUUCAAACAAGUCGCGAAUCGCUUUGCUCGCUACUUGCGAGAAGCGCAUGCAGAAGAGCUGAAACCUCUCGUACCCAGUCGUAGCAGCGCUUCCUGAACGGCUGAGCUACGUCUGCCACAGACCUGAAUUCUCAUCCCUCAUCCCUCGCUUCCGCAAGAUCCAAACGCCCAGACGCACGUACACAUGUCCACACGAAGGAACUUGGCGAGAUUGUGUAGCCCUUGCGCACCCGAACACUUACUGGCCAUACCAACAGUGCGCCGAUUCCCUCACAUCGAUGCUCUACUCCUCCUUUCCCCUGCGCCAUACAACACGGUCAAAGCACUUCAUAGGCUAUGAUCGAACGGUG